CACACAACGGUCCACUGGCAUCUUCCUGAAGAGACCUCCAGUUGUUUUUUGUCCAAUCUGCUGAUCAAAGAUUAAGCCACAUCUCCCAAAGUUCUGCAUGUGAGGAAAACGGGGGCGCCAGCAGGCAGGAUCUAACACCAAGAUGUGCAAAGAAGUGACUAAUGCUGGAUAUGCAGUGGUUUAUAUGCUGUACUUACUUCCUAUUUCUCCUCUUGUUUAGACAGAUGCAUCAGCAAAUCAUGCUCUCUGUGUGUGGGUGAUGAGAAGUAAAGGUGGGAUUGCAUCUCUGUUGACACCUCCGCAGAUUCAACGUGCAGCAGGCAGAGAGAAACACAGAUGAGCAGACAGAGUUAACAGUAAGAAGGGGACAGAGGGAGACAGUGAGAGAGAGAGAGAGAGAAGAGUGGCAGAAGAUAUAUUUGACUAUGUGGGUGUGUGAAGUAUCAACGCAUGCAUCAUAAUUGUGGAUUUUUCAUGGAGCAGCAGGCUGUGACACUGCAGCAGGAGGACAUAAAUGGUGGUGGGUUUUUUUGUACUUUGAAACAGUCGGAGCUUUGAGCGCUGCGAACAACAAAAGAGGCAUUUUCAACGACAAAAAUGCAAACUGUGUCUGCUGCCUCGAGGAUUUCAUCGACUGGGAUCAUAAGGAAUUUCUUUCAAAGUUAAAGGAAUUCUGCGUGGAAAAUGUUGAUGCCUUUUUGUUGUCAAUAAUCAGGAUAUAAAGCCAAACAUUUAUCAGAGAUGGACGUCAUCCUCUACCUCCUGCCACUGAUUGGCUUCGCCGGGUCCUUCCCCUCUCCUCCUCCUCCCCGGGGUUGCAGUGUGGAUGUAGAACCCCCGUACAGGGUGCUGUGUGACCUGGAGUCGGUGUGGGGUGUUGUUCUGGAGGCUGUGGCCUGCAGCGGAGGCCUCUGCUCCCUGGUCCUCGCCGUGCUCCUGCUGGUCAAGCUGCGUUCCAUUCCCGAGCCCGCCCGGCGCUCCGGCUUUGGGCCACUCCUCCUGCUCCUGGGCACGCUCCUCGGACUCUUCUCCAUCUCGUUAGCAUUCCUUGUGGGCAAGAACCAGGCGCUCUGUGUGGUCCGUAGGGCCUUCUGGGGGCCCCUUUUCGCCCUCUGCUUCUCCAGUUUACUGGUGCAGGGUGUGAGGCUCAGGAAGCUGGUGGCCGGACAGGCGAGCCCCACAGGCAGCUCCCUUGCAGCCCUGGGUCUGGCCCUGGCCCUCGUCCAGGGCAUCAUCUCUGCUGAAUGGGUCUUGCUGACUGUAGUGAGAGAAGGUCACCCAGCCUGUGAAUAUCCACCUUUAGACUUUGCUCUGACAUGCAGCUACACCCUGGGGCUGCUCCUCAUAGCUAUGGGGCUCUCCCUGGGGGUGGUCCUGUGUGGAGGGGAGAUGGGGGGAGAUGGAGCAGGUGGGAGUGAAGACGAUAGAGAUGGAGAAAAUGAAAAGCAGAGAUGGAAGUGCAACGCUGUCUGGCUCUUCCUGUCGAGUUUGGCCUCAGCAUUGCUAUGGGUGGCGUGGCUGGGGUUUUAUCUUUAUGGCAACCAGACGCUGAGGGGGAAGGGGAAGGGGGAGAGGUUGGGAGGAGGAAAGAAGGAAGCAAAGGUGUUUGAUGAGCCCGCACUGGCGGUAGCCCUGGUCAUUCAGGGCUGGAUCCUGCUGCUGUUCCACGCUAUCCCUGAGACGUACCUUUUACUCCGUAAACCUCGACCGUCCAACACACAAAGCUUCUUCGACACCAGUCACCCGACCUCUCCUCCACCUUUUGGAGAUGAGCUCCCUGCACCCACUCAUCGACCCUUCCAAGAAAACCAGGCCUUUUCUAUCGAGGAGCAUGGAGCAACUCUCCGAUCUGGAACAUACCACAGUAACCAGGGCAGCGUACGUCCGGGCAUCGCCUUCAGAGGGCACGUCUACCAACCCACUGAGAUGGCUCUGGUCAUGAACGGGGGAACUAUGCCAACAGCUCCGAUUAACUACACUGGUCGACGGUUAUGGUGAUAAGGAACAAGAAGACUGGAGAGGAAUACACUGCUGUGUGAUAGAAACAAAUUCCUGUUGCCUCAGAAGAAGAAGACGGAGAUGUAAAUGACAGCACAUGUCACGUCAGGCUGGAUCACUUGCCUCACAGGAUGGACUUAAUGGGAGAUAAAUGUGUCUGAUAUAUUUGUGUUUCUGCACACAUAUAUGGAUUUUAUGUCUUAAGAACAAACUCAGAUGGUAUACAGUUUCGCUGAAUUUCUGGGUUGCAUCUUUACUAGAUAUGAAAUCUCAAGAGAGAAAGACACAUCUUGCUCAUUUUCAUCAUAAUCAUUUACAGAGCAUCAAUACGAUCAAAUCAAAUCUGAAUAUAAAGUCUUAUUUUUCAUUUGUAAAUACACCAGAGAGACAAGUUUAAAGAGAGUUAUAGUUUAAGUAUAAAGGGCAAUAUCAAAAAGGACUGGUGAAUGCGGCAGCUGAAUUAUCUGCUGUCAGACCAUGAGAAGGUAAAGCUGAAAGGAUGACGUAAGUGUAGUGAAGUAAACAUGUUUGCCAGUUCAUCAGUGAUGCUUGCUUCAUAAAAACGACACUUCCAUCGUCUUUCUUUUUGGCGUCAGGCUGCAGCUUAGCUAAAAUAUUGUAUUACGAUUUAUGUAACUUAUCUUCAUACGCCCACACGGCUUUAUUGGACUCUAUAUUACACGCUGGAACGACCCAAAGGAUUCAUCGUGUUUGCUCCACAGUGGAUUAUCAGAUGUGUUGGUACAUUUCACUGUCAUACAUUUAACUGAGUCUUUGCAGAGUUCUGCCAGAUUAUCUGACGAGUUUACAACUUGUUUAAAAAGCAAGAAUAUUAUUAAAAGCCAUUUAAUGCUGCAACAGCCAUGUUGCGGUGUAUACGUUUACUUCUGGAGGUUGUAAUUUUGCACUUUAUCAGCGCCGAUUAUAUCUGGGCAUUGUGAUAUUUGAAUGUAUUUGAGAUCACUUGAGAUGCAUGUACAAGAACAGUUGAAUGUUAUGUUGAAAUACAUGUAUUUUGAGUGUUUUCUAGGAUUUUGAUAUACAUAUGUAUAUAAGAUGAAUAGUUUUAGUGUUGAGUUUCUACUAGAUUCUCGACUUUGUAAACAGCAGUCCACAAAAUCAAUUCAAGUGAACAGAAAGCGGAAAUUGAGACAUCUUAAAUUCUGUGACAACUCAGUGAACCCUUUCUGCAGAGGAAGACCGGAUGAUGAGACUGAAAGCUUUGGAACAACAACUUUAUAGAUCUUUAGUUUGGACCAUUUUGGUCAGCAAUGAACGUCGUGUUUUGCAUGUUUUCUCAAAGAUUAUUUGGAUGCAAGAAGGCUAUAAAUCAUUCUAUAGACUGCGAUGUAGGUAGUGUUGUAGUCUAGACCACACUGACCGAGACAAAGACAUAUCCGAGAGCAGAAUGCUCCGAGACAAGACCAAAACAUGUAGGGAUCAAGACCAAGUCAAGACCAAGACCAAGACAGGGCGGAACCGAGGCAAGACCAAGACCAUAAAUAUCACUGAAAAAAAAUCAACAUCCAGUGUGCUUGUCACUCAAUUAGAGCGUAGCACCGGGGAGGUUGCAGCCAUAACCAGGAGGGGAUAAAAAACAUUAUGAAUGAACAGAAGAUAUUCAUUAUUUAAGAAAGGGCAGUUUUCCUUCUAAUCACAGAAAAAAUUACCCAGAAAAACAGCCUGUCAGUGGUGGUCUUGACCGGUCUUGAUUUAAAAUCCCGAGUUCGCCAAGUCGGAGACCAAGACAUGACCGAGUACAAGUGAUUUCGAUUCCAAGACGAGACCGAGACCUUCACCAAUUUUGAGCACUACAGCAUUAGAAGUAGGCAACAUAUCAUUCUUAUAUUCAGGAUCCCUACUAGAAAUGAAUUAGUCCUCUUUAUCUGUGAAUGUAACUGGAGACAUUUUAAGCACAUGUAUACGGUCCUUAUUCUGUGACAGGUUGACGAUUGGCAGCCGCUUUUCAAAUAUACUAGCAACUAAAAUCUAAUACAAAAAGGCAAAUACGAAUCCCUUCACAUACAGUGAAGGAUUACUCUUCCAAUGUGCUGAGUGUCCACUUUAAAUACAUUUCAAAUAAUGCUCACAUGUUCUUGUCGUUGCCAUUUUCUUCUUGCUGACGUAAUAACUUGUAAUUCUGCUAUGUGUGGGUGUGUGCUCUGAUAUUGUACAAUGAAAGUAUUACCAUCACAUGUUUUUUAUAUAUUAACCCUAAAUAGCUGACUUUGAAUCAUGUUAAUUGACCAAAUGUAAACAAGAAAUGGUAUAUUCCUUUGAGAUGCUUUUACGAUGAUUGCACUGUCACUGUUUAAUGGCAGUGUAACAUGGAUGUCUGUAAUGUGGUUUGCACAAAGUGGCUAAUAAUUAGUGCACAUUUUCUGUUA